AUGUCUAAGCCACUUGCCGUGUUCAUUGCAGCUGUCAUGGGAAUUACUUUUCUUGGGGAUGCUCUCUACAUUGGAAGUGUGAUUGGUGCAGCUAUAAUAGCUGUUGGGUUCUACGCUGUGACGUGGGGAAAAGCUAGAGAAGAGAAAGAUGUCAAUGACAACUAUGCAGCUAUAAUAGCUGUUGGGUUCUACGCUGUGAUGUGGGGAAAAGCUAAAGAAGAGAAAGAUGUCAAAGGCCAGGAAAUAUGUAGUUUUGAUGAAUCCUCUGACAGAGUCCCUCUUCUGCAAAAUACAAGUGUUCAUGAAUAA